CAUGUGAACAUGAAUGGCGUGUAAACUAUAACUUUACUAUUUAAAAAAAAAAAGCAAAAAGCCGCGUAGAACGUAUCUCCAUUACAUUUUAAUGCAUUAAAUUUCCUUUAGAAAAAUUAUACAUUAUGAAUUUUUUGGCUUGAAAGGUACGUGGAAAAGUUUGUAUCAUCACAGUUUGUGUUAUGAUAACUAAGCGUCAGCUUAUUUAAGCACAAGCUACCAACGUCCUGACGACCUCCUGAAGCGCAAGCGCGCCUGCUGUGCUCGGGGCCCUGGGUACGAUUCGGGCCGAGGUUUCACUUUCACAAACAAGCCCGGAGUUUGGACUGUGGUGGUAGUACAUCCCCUGUACCUGCGUAUCGCCGUAGUCGGUGCUUUCUGGAAAUGGUUUCUUUUUAUCAGGAUUCAACAAGAGAAAUCAGAGCACAGAUAAAUAAAAGAAACAGCAGCUCAAAAGCUGAUACUAAAAACACGGGAAACCGUUCGUUUUAUUGUUUGAUCUUUUGAUUUAUUUACUUAUCAACCCACAGUUACUGUUCAAUUAUCAGGAUGUAACCAAUCCAACAAAGAAAUCACGAGGAACUUCAGCAUGCCGGAAAUUAAUAAAAACACCAUGCAGAAACAGCUACGCCUUCGUAGUAGUCAUGCAAUGAAAACACAACAAAAAUCCCUUUUCGAAUCGAAGUUCAUCGUCAAUGUCGUGUCGGAGGAUCGAUUCGAUGAAUGUUUAAAUCCUUUUAACUACCCAUAUCAAACCAAUCGGAAAGUCCGUAGGUGUCAAUUAAAACCUGGUGAAGACGACUGUUGUUGCUCUUGUAACUCUGACGCUAUGUUUCAAGUGAUGAAGGCCUUGUAUGAAUGUUAUAAGAAGAAAAAUUGUCAAAAUUGCAAUUGUAUUCUUUGUGGCCAUUUGCAAAAGGAAGAGAGAUUGCUCGGAUUGAUAAACAACUCUUUUGGCACUAUUGCGGUUGAUGCUACUGACAAGGAACAGAAAGAAAAAGUAAAAAAAAAUGAAAGGGCUUCACUUGAAGGGAAAACACCUUCAGUAAAGGCUUUCAUAAAAAAAGCAAGAGAUGAGCGUGGUUUACCUCCAGAACCUAAAACUGCUUCCGAUGUGCCGCCAGAAGCAAAAACAAAAUCAAUGAAAAAAAAACAUAUAGAAGCAUCAAAAGUAUUGGAGCCACUACAGGGAAAAGCACCUAAAGAAAAAGAAAGAAUAUUACAGGGCUUGCAUGACACUGGCGUUACACUUCCUGAAGGUCGGACACCGUCUGAAAAAGCUCUUAUUGAUAAAGUCAAAGCAAGACCUCGUAAGCAUUCGGCAGUACCUAGAUUUUCAGAAAAAAUGCGAAAAGCAAAAGUUGAUGGCCUAUUAACACCUCUUAAAAGUAAGGCACCCGAAGAAAGAGACAGGAUUCUAAGAGAACUUGCUAUGCGCGGAAUACCUCUCCCUGAGGGCCAAACACCAUCAGACAAAAAACUUAUCGAUAAGGUUCGCACCGACCUAGGUCUUCCUAUUGAGCCCAAAAAUAAAGCUAUCAGAGAUAAACACCACAAAGCAGCUUCAGCUGGCAAACUUUUGCCAUUGGAAGGUAAAUCAGCUGCACAAAAAGAAAAUAUAUUGCAAGAUUUACACGACAUGGGUAUACCGUUACCCAUAGGAAGGACGCCUUCUGAAAAAGCUCUUAUUGCUAAGAUAAUGACUAGCCCCCGUGCGCAUUCCAUUACAGUGCCUACAGAGAAAAUGCGCAAAGCGAAAGCGGAAGGUUUGCUCACUCCACUAAAGGGCAAAACUUCAGCUCAAAAGGAAAAAAUAUUAAGAGGACUUGCAAAGCACGGCAUUCCUUUUUCCGAAGGCGAAACACCGUCAGAAAAACAGCUUGUUGAAAAGGUUCGCAGUGAGCUGGGUUUACCACCUAUACCCAAAACACCAAGUAUGAGAAGAAAAUAUGUGAAAGCUGCCGAUGCUGGAUUCUUGCAGCCAUUAGAAGGUAAAUCCCUGAAAGAAAAGAAAAAAAUUCUACGAGGUUUACAUGAUAUGGGUAUACCGUUACCAGAAGGUCGUACACCAUCUGAAAAAGCAAUCAUAAAAAAAGUCAAAAGCAAACCUCGUGCCUCUUCACUUUCUCUGAAACAUCCAGAAAGAAUUCGCAAAGCUACAGCUGAAGGGCAAACAUCUGAUCAGAGAGAAAAAGGUCUAAUAGAUCUUGCAAUGCGAGGACUGCCACUUCCCGAAGGUCUAACUCCAUCAGAGCGGAAACUGAUCGAUAAGAUUCGUGAGGCCCUAGGUUUGCCCAUUGAGCCCAAAACUAAAGCUAUGAGACAAAAAUACAAUGAAGCAGCUGCAGCAGGCAAGCUAUUGCCAUUAGAAGGUAAAACAUCAGCACAAAAAGAAAAUAUGUUGAGAGGAUUGUAUGACAUGGGCAUACCUUUACCCAAAGGGCGAACACCUUCUGAAAAAGCUCUUAUAGCAAAAAUUACAGCAGGCGCUGCAUCAUCCGCAAUUCGGCAGACGAAAUCAGAAAGAUUGAAAGAUGCUAAAGCUGCUGGGUUAUUGACACCGUUAGAAGGAAAAAAAGCUGAACAAAAAGAAAAAAUACUUCGGAGGCUUGCUAAGCGUGGCUUACCACUCCCUGAAGGUAAGACUCCCUCGGAUAAAAAACUAGUCGACAGAGUACGAGCCGAAGUGGGGCUACCACCAGUACCAAAAACACAAUCCACAAAAGAAAAAUAUGACAAAGCUCAAGCAGCCGGUCUCAUAACACCCUUGGAAGGCAAAACCACUUCACAAAAGAAAAAAAUUCUUAAAGCACAAGCAGCUAUGGGUUUGACACUACCAAAAGGGCGAACUCCUUCCGAAAAAGCUAUUAUCGCUAAAUUGAAAACAAAAUCAACACCAUCAAUUACAACAGAAAAAAUACGAAAAGCUAAAGAAGUGGGACUAUUAACACCUCUUACAGGUAAGCCUUCUAAAAAAAGAGAAAAGAUUUUAAAAGGCCUAGCUAAAGCAGAUUUACCAUUACCAGAAGGAAAAAGUCCAUCUGAAAAAGCUUUAAUAAAUAAAGUAAAAACUAAAUUGGGGCUACCCGAUUUAACUGAUUCAGAAAAAAUACGACGUGCUGAAGCUGCUGGUCUUUUAACACCAUUAGAAGGAAGAACACCUGCACAAAAAGAAAAAAUUCUAAGAGGCAGGGCAGCAGCGGGUUUACCUCUACCGAUGGGAAAAUCGCCUUCAGAAAGAGCUCUGUUACAGAAGAUAAAAGCUGAUACUGGCUAUGUGACACCGUCACCCUCAGAAAGGUUACGAAAAGCAAAAGCUGCUGGCUUGUUAACUCCUUUGAAAGGAAAAACACCAUCAGUGAAAGAAAAGAUAUUAAAUAAUAUGAAAGCCGCCGGCGUCCCUAUCUCUGAAGGUGAAACACCAUCUGAAAAAGAUUUAAUAAAGAAAUUAACGACUGAACCUCCACCUUUAAAGAAAACACAAUCGGAAAAAAUGAAGCUAGCAAAAGCUGCAGGUCUUUUAACACCUCUGCAAGGUAAGACUCCUGAACAAAAGCAAAAAAUUUUAAAAGGUUUGGUGAAAGCUGGCAUUCCAUUGCCUGAACCUAAGACCGAAUCAGAAACAAACUUAAUUGACAAAAUUCGUAAAGAAACUGGUCUUCCACCAGUGCUGAAGACACCAUCAUUGCGAGAAAAAUACAGAAAGGCUCAAGCUGCUGGAUUAAUUACACCGUUAGAGGGUAAAACCCCUGCAGAACAAGAAAAAGUAUUACAAAAACUUCAUGACGCUGGUUUACCUCUUCCGGAAGGUAGGGGAUCUACGGAAAAAGCUUUAAUCAAGAAAAUUCAAACAAAGCCACCACGACAAACUUCCUUCGAGAAAUUAACAUCAGCAAAGGCUGCUGGGUUCUUAACACCACUAGAAGGAAAAACAGCAGCACAAAAAGAAAAAAUAUUAAAAGGCCUUGCAAAAUCAGGCAUUUUAUUACCAGAGGGUAAGACUUCUUCUGAAAAAGACUUGAUAAACAAGGUUCGACAAGAAAUGGGAUUGCCGCCAGAACCUGAAACACCAUCAUUGCGAAAAAAGAUACAAAAAGCUCAUGCUGAUGGAUUAGUCACUCCACUUGAAGGUAAAACCCUAGCACAGAAAAAAAAAAUUCUCCAGGCUCUAGCUGACGCCGGUAUUCCACUUCCUGAGGGAAGAACUCCUUCUGAAAAAUCAUUAAUUGCUAAAACCAAACCCAAGCUUAAAGUACUACAAGAAAAAGCUGCAUCACUGGAACGAAAAGUAGCCGCAGAAAAAAAGAAAAGAAUAAAAGGAUUGAUAGACCAGGAAUUACCAGGUGGGCAAGCAAAAACGAAAACAUCUUUGGAAAAGUCUAUUAUUCAUAAAAUUCAAUCUGAUCUGGAAAUAGCCUUAACGUCAAGGACGUCAUCGGAAAAAUCUAUCAUUCGCAAAGCAAAAGAGGCAGGUUUAUUAACUCCAAUAACUGGAAAGUCACCAGCUGACAAAGAAAGAAUACUAAAAGGUCUUGCUGAAACCGGCAUACCGUUGCCAGUUGGUAAAACGGUAUCUGAAAAAGCUUUAAUAAAAAAAGUAAGGGCCGAAGCUGGCUUAGCACCUGAGCCAACUUCUUCGGAAAUAAUGGGUAAGAUAAAAAAGAAAACAACAACGAAACCAGGAAAAGGAAUAGAAGCUAGAAAAAUUGAACGUGUAAUUAAAACAACUACAUGCGAUCGAGGUUGUGGUUGUGAUAAAAAGAAAAUUAAGUUCAAACACAGUUACGUAAAAAUCAGAGUUACUUCUCCAGAUAUAUCUUCCCUCUGCGAUUGUCUGCAAGAAUGUAUCCCAGGCGUUACAAGUGGAGCUUUCAUUGACAACGACGGAAUUAAAGUUAUCGUUGGCAGAGUAAUAGGCGUACCUUUAUACUCUCGAGAGUAUAGCUACCAUAAUGUAGUUGAUGGUAACCCUAAAUCAAAACUCACAAACUUUUUUAAUAAACAUAAUAAGUCACAGUACAAGGUGUGCAUGAAUGUUGCUAAUGAAGAGGAAUACGUCAUGAACAGCAACUCCGAUAGUAGUUCCAGCAACCCGCACAGCAGCUCGGAAAGUGACAACAUUUCCGAGCACACUUAUACACCCCCCUACGAGGGGAGGCGGUGCAUUAAACUCGGAGUUUCAAAAACUAAAUCAAGAGCAAACAGUUUUGAUUCGAUUUUCGUUAUUAAAAGUGAGACCUCGUUAAGUCUGAACACGAGUCAAAGUAAUAGUAUGAACACAAUCAGUGUGGUGUCCGUUAUGAACAGCAGCAUAUCAAGCAAUUCUACUCAUUAUUCGGGUGAUCGAACGACUGAUGAAAAUGUGACUUUAAGCUCACUAGAUAAUUCAAUAACAAGCGAAAGCGAAGAUAACAACGAACGAACACCCAUUAGGACAGCCAAUGUGAAAAAGAAAAUUGUGCAACCAAAUCCACAACACGAGUACAAAGUGUAUAUGAUGUCUCAAACCAAAAUAAACUUUCCUACUCAUCAAAGCGGCAAAACCAAAAAAACACUGACUGAAGCUCACGCGCCUGUGACGAUAUUAAGCCACAUACCGACCAAACUAGAUUUGUCGAAGUUAAUGGAUAAGAUUCUUAAAAAGAAACGAUACGCCGAUGCUGCCUCCAUAUUCAUUGUAAUACCAACAUCUGAUGAGGAAACGGAAGAUUCCGAGGCUUCCGAAAACUGCAAUGCCAGUAAUAAGUCAAGUGAGACUCAAGUUUCACACCAAAAUAAAAAUCUGAAGAGUGUAACGAUGCAAACAUCUGCAUCAACAAACAAGAAGGUUUGUGGCAAAGGAAAUAAGUUUUAUAUGAAAAAAGUAUCAUCUUGUAACGACAAAGAAACAACGUUCCUAAAAGAAACUGUGCAAGUACUUAGACAAGUUGAAAUGAAGAAAAACCAAUUUUGCCAAAUAGCUGCGGCUAGUAAAAUGACACAAGUGGAACAAAAAAUAGAUCAAAUCGUUGGUACCGAUUUUAUCGUGGAGUCGCCGUGUUGUUGCUGUCUUGCGGAGCAAUCGUCCAGUCCAUGCAGUUCCAGGAGCAGCUAUAUAACUAAUGUGAUGUCAAGGCAACUCACACCGCGGUUCUUGAAAGGCUUGUCGAAUGAGUCACUAAAAAGACUUUUAUGCGAUGUAGCUCCUUGCUCCGAUGUCAUUUCCUGCAAUGAGCCGUCGAAUGCAUCUUGCCAACAUCGCCAGUCCUUCUCAGUAUUGAAACAGAGUCACAGAAAAGAAAGCUCUUCGCUUUGCGAUUGCAUUCGUAACUAUUCGAUGGAAAUUAUAAAAUCUCCACGUAAGCGUAUCUCAUUCAUCGAUUCCAAGAACUCAAAACUCAAAACUCAAGUUAGCAAAACGGCUCAUGAAAUAGCUGGUCAAGUAGACGUAGAUACUUCGCACCGUAAGGAUUCUAAAAACCUUGAAAUAGCAAAGGAAUCUAGAGAAUCAGAACAAGCCACAAAAUCUAAAGACCUUAAAAAAGCAAAUGAAUCAGAACAAGCAACAAAAUCUAAAAGUAAAAAUCCUAUAGCCAGUACUGAACAUUUAUCUCAAAAGACUGUUCAAGAUUUACGUGGUGAAAAAAGAGUACAAGAUUUACCUCGUGAAAAACCAGCACAAAAUUUAUAUCGUGACGAGGCAGUACAGGCAGACGACUCCAGUUCCAAUCUAUCAGAUGUAGAUACCUCGUACCCUAAGGAUAUAUGUCGUGAAAAAAUUGUAGAAGAUACACAUCCUGAAAAAACUGUACAAAAUUUACCUCGUGAAAGAACUGUAGAAGAUAUACCUCGUGCAUAUAGGCGAUCUGAGAGACAAGAAGACACCAAGCAACUCUUUUCCCACAAAGGUAAUUGCGUUUGUGAUGAUGUCGACCGCACUGGCGAUGACAUAAACCUGAAAACAAGCAACUUUAAAAAACCAAAAGGAACUUUUACCACCGAUGACACUAAAAAUAAAGACUGCGCAUGUCAAGUGAUCCGCGGCCAUGAUACCGUGAUACCUGAAAAAACGUCAAGUGCAAAUAGGCGAUCUGAGAGACAAGAAGACACCAAGAAAGUCUUUUCCCACAAAGGUAGUUGCGUAUGUGACGAUGUCGACCGCACUGGCGACUCUAAGAAACCAAAAGAAACUGUUACAACCGAAGAAACUAAACACAAAGCAGAUGCCGCAUGUCAAGUAGUCGACGGUUAUGAUAUUGUGAUACCUAAAAGAACAUCACGUGAAAAAUCAGUACAAAUCAUACCUCGUGAGAAAUCAGUACAAUUUAUACCUCUUGAAAAAACAGUACAAGAUAUACCUCGUGAGAAGUCAGUACAAAUUAUACCUCGUGAAAAAUCUGUACAAAUUAUACCUCGUGAAAAAUCAGUACAAGGCAUACCUCGAGAAAAAACAGUACAAGAUAUACCUCGUGAAAAAACAGUACAAAAUGUACCCCCUGAUGUGGCAGAACAGGCAGACGACUCGAGUUCCAGUAAAAAAUCAAAAAAACCGAAACGUGAAAGUAGCUCCUUAAAAUUCUUGUCUCAACUAAUUAAAUCUUCCUUAAGCAAAUUCAAUAGUUGUACAUGUGAUGACAAACAACAAACAGGUCUAGUAGAUACUACGCACCCUAAAGAUUCUAAAGACCUUAAAGAAGCGAAGGAAUCUAAAGAAUCAGAACAAGCAAAACAAUCUAAAGAUAAAAUUCCUGUAGCCAGUACUGAACGUAAAUGUUCUCAAAAAAAUGUUCAAGAUUUACCUCGUGAGAAAACAGUACAAGAUGUACCCCCUGACAAGGUAGAAAAUGCAGAUGACUCAGGUUCCAGUAAAAAAUCAAAAUCACCAAAACGUCAAAAUAGCCCCCUUAAAUUCUUGUCUCAACUAAUUAAAUCUUCCUUAGGCAAAUUGGAUAGUUGUAAAUGUCCUGACAAACAUCAAACAGAUCUAUUAGAUGCAGAUACUUCCCACCCCAAGGAUUCCAAAAACCUUAAAGAAGCAAAAGAAUCUAAAGAAUCAGAAGAAGGUAAAAAAUCUAAAAAAGAAAAAGCAGCAGAUAAAACGCACACAAUUUGUGGUUGUAACGAUGAUAAAGCCAAUAAGAAGGAGGCUGAAUCAAAGAAAAAUUUGUGCACAGACAAAACGCCUCAAUCGCAGAAAUCAUCAAAAAAUAAGCCCUCAAUUUGUAGUUGUAAAGAUGAUAAAGACAAUAAGAAGGAAGCUAAAUCAAAGAAAAACUCGGACACAGGCAAAACGCCUAAAUCGCGGAAAUCAUCUUCUAAGAAGCACUCAAUUUGUUGUUGUAACGAUGAUAAAGGCAACAAGAAGGAGGAAAUUUCUCAACCGCCGCUUGUAUCUAACAGUGAAGUUCCUCAAUUGCAGCCAUCAUCUAGCUCUGGAAAAACUCCUCAGGCGCAGCCGAUGUCUGACUCUGAACAGAAUCCUCAAUCGGUAUCAACUUCUGGAAUUGAGUCGUCAUCUCAACCAACAUGUGAAAUUGAAUCAUCGCCUCAAUCAUCACCAAUGUCACCAAAGAAAUCUUCACUAAGGAAAUCGUUACCCCCAUCUCCCGUGCCAGGUUCACCUAUCUCUGAACCAAAUCCUCUACUGGAACCAACAUCUGAAUCGGAAUCUUCACCUCAUUCAACACCUAUGUCACCAAGGAAAUCUUCACUAAGGAAAUCGUUACCCCCAUCUCCCGUGCCAGAUUUACCUAUCUCUGAACCAAAUCUUUUACUGGAACCAACAUCUGAAUCGGAGUCAUCACCUCAAUCAACACCAAUGUCACCAAGAAAAUCGUUACCCCCUUCUCCCGUGCCUGGUUCACCUGUCUCUGAGCCUCAACGAAUAUCACCUCCAAUCGACUCAUGCUUCCCAAAAACAGAGCAGACCCGGCAAUUAUGUAUGCAGCCAUCUGCAGAAUAUCUCCCUCCUGAAGGAUACUCUUACGAGGAAAUUGGUCCCAGUUGCGGUUGGGUAGACAUGGCAGAGGUCAUCAGAAGAAAAUCCGAGUGGUCACAGUAUACCUCUGGGUUCAAAGCCUGCAAGAGAAAAAAAGCAGUAAAAAAUUUAGAUGUACCGCAAGAGGAAAUUGAAUUAGACUUUGAAGAUGCCGUCAAAUACUAUGCAAGUACGCAUCCAGAACUAUUUCGGGAUUUAAUGCAACAGGAGUUACAAAAGAAAAUCGAAUCGGAGACUGACUUAGAGCAGUUCAAAGGCAAAGAAGGUAAAAAACUAAAGAAAAUAAAAGAAAAGGAGAGAAAACAAAGAGAAAAAGCGAGAAAAAAGGCAGAAAAGGAAAAAAACAGGAAAGAUAAAAAAACUAAAAAGAAAGGAAAACGCAGUUCAGAUUCCGAUGAAGAAGUUAAGCAAAAGAACUCACUUAAUGAGGAAACCUGUCGCUGUCCAUACGGACCCGUACCUCUGCCACCUUACGCGAGUACAUCUGAAGAAUGGGAAUAUCCCAGAGGAUUGAAAAUGUGCCUUGGAGGCAAGUUCUCCACUACACCAGGUCUCAAGGGUGUGGCGUGCUUCAAAAUGACUCAAGAAUCUCAAUCACUUUCAACUAUCUUUAAUCAAGAAUCUCUCAUCUCUUGGUAA